GGGUUAGUAGCAGUCAGCUGAUUGAAGCCUGAGCAACUACACGCUGUUCUCCCCAAACCUCAGUCACACGCACCAUGGCUGGACUGGACGCGCUGUCCCUUUGAGUGGGUUCUGAAAGUGAGAGAAGCAGUUAGCUGCUUGCGUUGCUUGUGCUUUUAUGUCAACUGGGGAGUCAUGUAGUGCAAUAUUUAGACCUCUGCUUUCUGCAAGAGCAGCAAGAGCUUGUGGUUUAUUGUGCUACAUCAAGUCAGCUGGACACCCCCAGAGUCUCUGACAACCUCUUACAUCAGCAGAGGAGGAGAGGAAAGAGAAUAGGAAGGGAGGAGAGGAGAAGAGGCCAUCUGAUGGCAUUGAGUUGGACGCCCCAGUAGGAUCCUGGCCGGCCUUGAGGUCAUGGGGUCGUUUACGCUGGGGAAAGCGGCACCGCUGGAGCUGCUCUUGGAUGCAUGUAUCCAUGCUUUUGACGAUGAAGGAGAGCUGCAUGGGAACCAGCUGCCCCGGACUCUUCUGCUCAUGCACCGUUGGUACGUCUCCUCGACAGAGCUGGCAGGAAAACUCCUCAUGAUAUAUCGUGACUGUACGGGAGACGACGGUCAGCGGACGAGGCUGAAGAUUUGCUAUUUAAUGAGGUACUGGAUCGUGGAGUUCCCUGCCGAGUUUGAUCUGGAUCUGGGUCUGAUCCGACUGACGGAAGAGUUCAGAGAUGUAGCAGCGCAGCUGGGCUGUGACCAACACCUCAAACUGCUCGACAUAUCCACCAUCCCUUCCUACGACUGGAUGAGGAAGCUAACACAGCGCAAGAAGCAAGUAAAGAAGGGCAAAGCCUCUCUGCUGUUCGACCACCUGGAGCCCAUUGAGCUGGCUGAACACCUCACUUUCCUGGAGUACAAGUCCAUCAGGAGGAUAUCAUUCACAGACUAUCAGAGCUACGUGGUCCACGGCUGUUUGGUUGAUAACCCCACGCUGGAGCGCUCCAUCGCCCUGUUUAAUGGGGUGUCCCAGUGGGUGCAGCUGAUGGUGCUCAGCAAACUCACCCCCCAGCACAGAGCCCACGUCAUCAGCAAGUUCAUCCAUGUCGCCCAGAAACUGCUCCACCUGCAGAACUUCAAUACGCUGAUGGCGGUGGUCGGGGGUUUGAGCCACAGCUCCAUCUCUCGAUUGAAGGAAACUCACUCCCACCUCAGCCCUGACGUCACCAAGAUUUGGAGUGAGAUGACAGAGCUGGUCUCGUCGAAUGGCAACUACUGUGCCUACCGUAAGACCUACAGCGAGUGUGAAGGCUUCAAAAUCCCCAUCCUGGGCGUGCACCUGAAGGACCUGAUCGCCGUGCAUGUGGUCUUCCCUGACUGGGUGGAGGACAGUAAGGUGAACAUUGUGAAGAUGCAGCAGCUCUACCUCACCUUCAGCGAGCUGGUGGCCCUGCAGAGCAUGGCAGCGCAGGUGGAGCCCAACAUGGACCUCAUCUACCUGCUUACGCUUUCUCUGGAUCUCUACUACACAGAAGAUGAGAUUUAUGAGCUGUCUUUGUUACGAGAGCCACGCAACCCCAAAUCUCUGCCUACGUCACCAACAACCCCCAACAAAGCACAGGCUCCUCUUGACUGGGCUUCAGGAGUGACCACCAAGCCGGACCCUUCCGUGGUCAACAAACACAUCAGGAAAGUGGUAGAUUCCGUAUUCCGUAACUACGAUCACGACCAUGAUGGCUACAUCUCCCAGGAGGACUUUGAGAGCAUAGCGGCUAACUUCCCUUUCCUGGAUUCCUUCUGCGUGCUGGAUAAAGACCAGGAUGGCUUGAUCAGUAAGGAUGAGAUGAUGGCAUAUUUUCUUCGGGCUAACCCUGUGCUGCAGUGUAAAAUGGGGCCCGGGUUCAUCCACAACUUCCAGGAGAUGACCUACCUGAAGCCUACCUUCUGUGAACACUGCGCCGGAUUUCUCUGGGGAAUUAUCAAACAGGGCUACAAGUGCAAAGACUGUGGGGUCAACUGCCAUAAGCAGUGUCGUGAGCUGCUGGUGUUGGCGUGCCGCAGGCUUCCUCGCUCCACCUCUCUGGGCAGCGUCUCCCCAGGAGCCCUCACGCACAGCUCUCUGCCCAGCAGCCCUGCACUGCCCGCCUGUAAAGAUGAAGACGAGGUUUUUGAGUUUCCUGCCGUGAGCUCCUCUUCGGGCUCAGAUUUAGAAGGCAAGUCUAUCACGCUGAUGACCGGCUCUGCCCAGCGGAUCUCAGUCCGGCUCCAGAGAGCCACCACCAGCCAGGCCACUCAGACGGAGCCGCUGUGGCCGGAACACGGCUGGGGUCCGGCCGCCGACGCCGGCUCGCACACCUUCCCCAAGAUGAGGUGUAGGCCGCACCGCAAACCCUCCAAAAACAAAGGCUUCGCCCGCUGGGAUAACGAAACGCAGGGAACAGCAGCAAAGGCAGGGACUGGACACGGACGGAGGGAGUCACAGGAACAGGCAGAGACGGAGAGAAAUGGGGUCAUACCACAGCAUCGGGAUGACACAGAGGCUUCUGAGAUCAGCUGACUUGCCAGCUCCGAGGGCCCGAGCAGGACCCCCCGGAAGCCGUCGGUGCUGCGAUCCAGAAAGCUCUCUUCACUGGGGGACGUUCUGGGGUGCCUCAGGCCCCCAUAUGGCCAGGAAUAGGGCCUCUACUCCACCCGAAGACUCCACAACAGGACGCCAAACUCCCAGACUGAACGAAAGAAACGGGAACUUGUGGGUGGGGUGGUUAGUGCAUCCUUGCAGGAACCUGAACUGUGCUGAUGCAGUGGACGCCACCGUUUUUUCACGGGGUCACAAGGAGAGGUUUUCAGACAGGACCCCACUGAGCUAUCACCACAAUGAGCUGGCGUUUCGGGGAGAGUGUUUUUAGGGUAACGUGUUUCUUUUCCGGUGUAGUGAUUCACAUGCUUAAUUAGUGGUUAGAAUAACAUACAGUUCAAAAGUUACGCAGCUCCUGCUUUGCAGUCACUACCAAAAGCAACAUGAUAUGCCUGAAAGCAAGUUUCUUGGAAACCUUGAACUACGUCACAUUGACAUUUAGUGUAGUACGUUAUGUGUGUGUGUGUGUGUGUGUGUGUGUGUGUGUGUGUGUGUGUGUGUGUGGGUGGGUGUAUGUGAAGGACCGCUUGAGAGAAAUCCUGUUUUGUUUUUUUGCUUGUAGACUUUUCUGAAUGGAGUGUGCCUGAAUAUUAAUUUCAGUGUUAUAUACACUGUUUGGCUGGAGUUAUGUAUGUUUAAAAGACACUACGUAGGGGUUAUUUGGAAAUGUGGUUGCUUGAAUGUUCAAUGAAGGUUUAAUGAAGGUUUAA